AUUCUGGAGUUGAUGACCUUGUGUGAGUGUGUGUGUGUGUGUGUGUGUGUAGGACUCCCGGGAGCAGAGCCCAGCGGUGUGCAGGUGAGCCUUGUGCACCCCUCCUCCCACACUUGGCACGGACCUGGACCUCCAGGACAGGGUAUCCAUAGAUGACCUCAAAAAGGGAGGAAAGAUGACUAUGAUGCCCGACCAGUACUCUUCUUGGAUCUUCGUCAAUGACAGGACAUUCCUUACUGGGGAGCAACUUAAUUCUUUAUUGAAGAACUAUAACAUUUUUUAUGCAAAUCAGGAAAAUCUGCAUAUUUCAUAUGGACAGACUGAAGAUGGUAAACUAAUUGUUGAAGGAAUGUUGGACAUUUUCUGGGGAGUAAAACGGCCUAUACAGCUGAAAAUACAAGAUGAGAAGCAAAUCCCUUCUUUUACUGUGAAAUCACCAGAUGUCUUUUCCAAAAUGGGAAUGACACGCUGGGGAGAAUUUGAUGAUCUUUAUCAUAUUAGUGAACUGGACAGGACUGAGAUUCCAGUGUCUGAUGCAAUGAAUUCCCAGGAAGAUUAUUUAUCUUAUCACAGCAGCACUCUGAAGCCUCAUGCAGAUGCAGAGCCAGAAUCUCCAUUGCUCUAUAGAACCAUGAGUGAAGCAACCCUGGUGAGAAAAAGGAUGAAGCCUCCAAUGAUGGACAGAACAGACAGACAGAAACAUAGAGCCUCUAUUAACGGACACUUUUAUAACCAUGAAACAUCAAUUUUCACUCCAGCCUUUGAGUCAGAAACUAAGGUCAGAAUAAACAGUAACAUGAACACUGAAGAGGUAAUAAAGCAACUUCUUAAAAAAUUUAAGAUUGAAAACAGUGCCCAGGAUUUUGCACUUUACAUUAUUUUUGCAACAGGAGAAAGGAGACGGCUAAAGAAGACAGACAUCCCACUACUGCACAGGCUCCUGCAGGGACCCUCCAAAAAGAACGCUCGCAUUUUCCUCAUGGAUAAAGAUGCAGAAGAAAUUAGCAGUGAUGUGGCUCAGUACAUUAACUUUCAUUUUUCUCUCCUGGAAUCCAUCCUCCAGAGAUUAAAUGAAGAAGAGAAAAGAGAGAUUCAAAGAAUAAUAACAAAAUUCAAUACAGAAAAGGCUAUUAUACUGAAAUGUCUUCGAAGUAAACAGGUAGUAAAAACAGAGACGACAGUUUAGUGGCCGCUAUUGCUAAAAUACUUCAACAAAAUCAGAGAGAUGUUACUAUUUAAUGAGUGUAUCCACCCUAUACUUGCAUUCAUGCAAAUAUAUAUGACCUUGAAUCUGUAGAAAAUUGAAUGUUGAAAAAGCUUGUCUCUCUCAGAGGUGAUGAGGUUCACAGUGGGACCAAAAUGAGCUUGAGUUUAGUUUCAGUAACUGAAAUAAGCUUGGAUACUGUGUAUUCCAAAUAGCUUUAAUAGAGAAACAAUGAACUGGAAUUAAAAUGGCGUCUUCAACUUCAUGCAGUUUAAAUGUCGUUUAGCUUGAACUGUCAAGAGAACUAGAAUAUCAACAACCAACUCUCAGAAAUGAUUCAGAAGUCAAAGCUGCCAGCUCGUGAAAUAAAACAGAAGCAUAGACAUACCCCCACCAAGAAAUCUGAUGAUGAUAGUCUUAUAGCUCCUUGAAAACUCUAGGGCUGUCUUUAUGUGGGUAGGUGACUUUUGGCAACCUGAAGCAUCAGAGCUAUAAAUCCUUUGGGAAGGAAAGGAUUGUGGACUCUUAAGACUAAUUUUCUCAACCUGAGCCCCCUUUUUUGCUGUUUUACUGAUGACUUUCUUAAGGAUGUUUUUAGGUCAAUUGAACUAGUUUUCUUCAUUUUUCCAAACAUAGAAACCACAGAGACUUCACAUGGUUAAUCAGCUUGGCCAAGACUUGGCCCACAGUAACCAUUGUUACUGAGUGAAUACAAAGGGUUAUGCAAAGCUCUAAUAGCUGAAUCUAGGAAAGGAAUCUGGAGUUCUGCUCUUUUUCUCUAAGGCAUCUCAUUCUAUAACACAGUGCUCAGGGUAUUUACAAGUUGCUAAACCAAUUUGGAAAAAAACACAAAACACUGAGAAUGGCACAGUCUCAUCUGUGUUUUUAUUUAUGAACUUUAUAUUAAAAUGGAGUUCUAUGCAGCUUUUUUCCAUUCUGGAAAUUACUUCCAUUUGCAUUUCUCAUAUCCAUUGUAUUAAAUUGUUUGAGUUGUGGGCUCAAUCCCCAGUAGGGGAUGUGCAGGAGGCAGCCGAUCAAUGAUUCUCUCAUCAUUGAUGUUUCUAUUCCUCUCUGAAAUCAAUAAAAAUAUUUUUUAAAUAAAUAAACUUAAGGUACCAUCAAGUACCUGUCAUAAAUAUGACAAAAGAUUUACCUUUAAUAUAUUGAAAGUCUACAGAAUCCAUAAGAAAAAUACUCAAAGUGUCAGAUAGAAAAAAAAAAAAAAAAGGCAGAUGAGAUGUAAAGUAAAAUCACAGAAAGGAAAUGCAAAUGGCUACUAAUAUAUGAAAAAGUUGUAUCUUAACAUAAUCAAUUAGUCUGUGUCCAAUCAGCAGACAGAAACUACACAGUCAUUUAAACAAGGGUGUUUAGUGUAAAGAAUUAUUAAGCUGUGAUAGGAGAAUAACUAAAAGAUGGAAAGAGGAUGCUAAAGGGUUGCCUAUGGCUGAGGAAGAGUGCUCCAAAAAGGAAAAGCUUGGAACGAGGGAUUCAGAAUUCACUGGAGAAGGUGUGGUUGCAGCCCACUGGAUGGAGGAGAAGUUGGUUGGGUGCCCACACCAAGCAGGUCAACAGCCACAGGGCAAGCAGGAAAACAACCUCUGGGAGGCGGACCAGCUGGGGCAGGUGGGCAGGUGGGCAGGUGUGCAGAGAGACCUGGGACUUCGCAGCAGGUGCAAGGCUCAGAUCACAUAGGGUCUGUGUCUGGAGGUCCCCAGGAAAUGGUUGCAGUGGUUCUCAACCUUCCUAAUGCCCCGACCUUUUAAUACAGUUCCUCAUGUUGUGGUGACCCCCAAUUUUAUUGUUACAAAUUGAACUUAAUUAAAGCAUAGUGAUUAAUCACAAAAACAAUAUGUAAUUAUAUAUGUGUUUUCCAAUGGUCUUAGGCGACCCCUGUGAAAGGGUCGUUCGACCCCCAAAGGGUCGUGACCCACAGGUUGAGAACCGCUGGUUUAGAGGAACAGGUAAGCGGAGGCUGCAGGCUUGGCACAGAGAGUCAGGGACGCUGCUAGGACUGGGAGCUGGAAGGGCCUCCUUUGAAGAAACCUAGGACAACUCUGUGUAUGGUUUGGUUCUGUGGCACCUUUAAGGCUGCAUGGGACAAAGGCCAGGCAAGUGGCUCACCAGAUGGCCAACCCACAGGGCCCUCUCAGGGAACCUGCACCAUGUUGAGGAGAAGGUGCAGAGAGCAAUGAUGUGAGUAGGGCACAGGCCUGCCCUGGGGCUCCAGAUUAUGCCACCACAAAUCAAAAACUGGGAAAGCAGUGGGGGAAAUAAAGGCUAGAGAAAGCUGCAAGCCACCGGCAACCAGCACUGGGCAGAGCAGUGGAGAAAAAGUCGGCCACCCAGCCAGCCACUAGGAAUCAGGAAAGACAGACUUCCUCCUACGGUGCUUCUCCAGUGCCCUCUGCUGGCAAAGCAUGGCAUCCAGCUGCGAAGAAAACAUAUUUAAAGGGUCCAUAUCCAUUUCACAAAGCUGACAGCAAAGAAUGAAUUUGGAACACAGAGGCAAAAAAUAACUGGCAUGUCAACAAAACACAAAUUAAAGAAAAGUAAAAUAUACUUUUUGGCCUAUUAAAUUAGUAAAGAUUAAGAAGGGACAAUAUUAAAUACUCAACAAAUUACAAUGAAAUGGACUCUCAAACUACUUUAGCAAUACAAAUGUAUAUAACUAGAACAAUUAAGCUAUAAUUUCAUAUUAUAAUUCUAUUUUUAGAAUCUUAUAUUGAAAUAAUCAGUCAUACAAAGACAUUAUGCAAAUAUACUUACUAUAUUCCUAUUUAUUGUUGUAAAAAAUAAAAUAGCCUAAAUGUCAAAUAUAGAAGAAAGAUGAAAGAAGGAAAGAAAUACUUAUCCAUAGAAUGUUAUGCAGCUAUUAGAAUUGUUCCCAAAUGAAUUUUAAUUAUAGGAGUAAAUUCUCCUUAUGUACCUAAAUAAGACUAUACACACAAAUAUUCUAAAACAUUUCGUAUCCAUAAAAUAUGUGUUUAUAUGUGUGUGAAGACUGGCAUUUGUAUAUAUAACUCACAAACUGAAGACAUGUUCAAUGUGGUUAUGUCUGGAUUAUAGAAUUAUCGAUGAUUCACUUUUUAAAAAUUUUCUCUGCUUAUUAAAUAUUUUAUAAUGAACACGUGUUACUUUUUAAAUCAGGAAAUGCAAAAGCUGUGAUUAAAAAGUUACCAACAAAAAAUAGCAAGUACAUGCAAACAGAGUUCUACUACAUGCAAAAAAGUUCAACUAAAUUAUUUAAGUGAGGCAUUAACAUCACUUCUGUGGUAGUUGGAAAAUAUAUCCAUAGUGUCUUUGUACUUCCUCUUUAAGGAGUAUAGCCUAAUCUUCCUCACCUUACAAAUGGAUUGGACUUAGUGACUCCAGUUCCAAUGAAUAGAGGAAAGCGGAAGUGACAGCAUGUAACUUUGGAGACUAGGUCAUCAAGUCACUGUGGCAACAUCCUUGCUCACUUUCAUGGACCACUGGCUCUGGGUGAAGCCAACUGCCAUGUUCAGACAGCCCUGGGGAAAGGCUUACAUGAGAAGAACAGAGACCUUUUGCCAAAAGCCAACAAUGAAUUGAGACCUUUCACCAUAGCCAUAUGCAUGGGCCAUGAGAUAGCCUUAGUCAAGCCUUCAGAAGAUUACAUCCCUGUCUACUAGCUAUAACCUCCUGAGAGACCCUGGCCCAGAACACCCCGCUAAACCUGCCCUGGAUUCCUGAUCCUCAGAAACUGUGUGAAAUAAGAAAUAUGUGCUGCAGUAUGCUGCUAAAUUUUAUACUAAUUUGUUAUAUCACAAUAGAUAACUAAUACAAUUUCUAAGGCCAAAAAUCUGUUCACUUUAGAGCCAUCUUUGCAAAAUAAAAGAAUAUAAAUUUUUGUCACAAAACCA